AUUGAAUCUGUCUGCAUGGACUCAAACAAGCUAGGCAUGGGGUCGAGAGAUGCAAUCAGCUGUCUCCCUCAAGAAAUACUGGGAGAGAUCCUGUCCUUACUUCCGACCAAACUUGCUGCUUCAACCUCUCUUGUCUCGAAAAGGUGGAGGUAUCUGUUUGCACGGGUUCACAAUCUUGAUCUGGACGAUUCUGUCUUGCUGCAACCGCCGCCAGAGGGUAAAAUUUCUCCAUACGGGGACCCCAUUGCACUCGCUUCAGAAAUCAAGGAGAGCUUCAGAAACUUUGUGGAUAGAACACUCGCUUUGCAAUGCGGUUCUCCUAUCAAUAAGUUCUCUCUAUCAUAUCAUGUUACCAACAACAGCGAUGUGGUUAAUGUGCGUCGCUGGAUAUCCAAUGUCGUUGAGCGUGGUGUUUUGGAAGUGGACUUUACUUUGAAGCCCUAUUUUCGAGGCCUUAUACGUACCGAUGAGGUUCACGGGAACUGCUAUCUUCCUUAUCACCUCUUCCGGAGCAAGACACUGGUUAAGCUGUUUCUGGGAACAGAUACUAAUAUUGGAAAGCUUCCUCCUGAUGUCUAUCUUCCAGCGCUUAAGACUCUCUUCCUCGAUACCAUCGUGUUUGACGACCAAGAUCUCUGUGAUGUGCUUCUCCCUUGUUGUCCAGUGCUUGAGGAGUUAACUUUUAAUCACACGGCUUAUUUUAACCCUUACAGGAUAUCGAGUCAGAGCAUCAAGAAGCUAACAGCUUUCAAUGAUUAUGAUGAGGGGAUUGAUCAUGGGCCUGCUAUGUCAUAUGACGCCCCAAGUCUUGUCUCUCUCGACUACACUGACUUUGCCUUGUCUUCGUACCCUCUUGUUAACUUUGGAUCCUUAGUAGAAGCUAAGCUGGACCUUUCUUAUUGUAAAGAAAAGAUCAAGAGGCCCGAUUUAUCGGGUCUCCUUGUAGGGAUAAGCAACGUGGAGAUUCUCCACCUCUCACCCGGUUCUGCUGAUGUGAUUUCUCGGUGUGUUAAACAUGGACUAGUUUUACCCGUGUUCAAGAAUAUUGUUAAGUUAUCUUUUGGGAGUAACAACAAACGAGGCUGGAAGCUGCUGCCGUAUCUGCUUAAGCAGUCUCCAAAGCUUGAAACUCUAAUCAUCCAGGGUCUGGAUAGUUACACAGGCGAUGUCACCUUUGGCCUGUUCCAAGUGAAGGUGUUGGAUGUUCUUGGUUACAGAGGAACUGCUAAAGAGCUUCUUAACUUGAAGAGUUUACUUGCAGGAACUGAAUGCAUCCCAAAAGUGCGAGUGGAGUUCCCUGAAGAUGUUGUGGUCGAUCAUGCCACAAUUAUUCAAACCCAUAGGGAUCUUUUUACCCUUGCUGGAGUUGUUCCAGCCGAUAUCUUUUAUUUCGAGUAGACCUUAUAUAAAUUU